AUGAAUGCGACGCCGUACGCACCCCAGCGGCACAUCAACGACCACUACGACAUCGUCGGCUUCAUCAGCAGCGGAACCUAUGGCCGCGUCUACAAGGCGGUGUCGAAACGCCCAUCAGCUUCAACUCAGUCUUCCCCCGUCAAGCAUCCCGAUGGCAGAGCAAUCGAAGCAUUCGCAAUCAAGAAGUUCAAGCCGGACAAGGAAGGCGAGCUCCAGUACACGGGCAUCUCACAGUCUGCCAUCCGGGAAAUGGCGCUAUGCACCGAGCUGAGCCAUCCCGCCCUCAUCCACCUGGUCGAGAUCAUCCUCGAGUCCAAGUGCAUCUUCAUGGUGUUUGAGUACGCCGAGCACGACUUGCUGCAGAUCAUCCACCACCACAGCUUGCUCCCGCGAACGCCCAUCCCAGCCUCGGCCCUUCGAUCCUGCAUGUAUCAGAUCUUCUCCGGUCUGCUCUAUCUACAUCAAAACUGGGUCAUCCAUCGAGAUCUGAAGCCCGCCAACAUCAUGGUGACAUCCUCGGGAGCAAUCAAGAUCGGGGACUUGGGUCUCGCUCGGCUCUUCUACAAGCCGCUGCAUGCCCUCUUCUCCGGUGACAAAGUCGUCGUGACCAUCUGGUAUCGAGCACCGGAGCUAUUGUUGGGCAGUCGACACUAUACACCCGCCAUCGACUUGUGGGCAGUGGGCUGCAUCUUUGCCGAGCUGCUCUCCCUCCGCCCCAUCUUCAAAGGCGAGGAAGCGAAACAGGACUCGAAGAAAUCCGUGCCAUUCCAGCGAAAUCAGAUGGGGAAAAUCGGCGAGAUCCUUGGUCUUCCAAAGAAAUCAGACUGGCCGCUCUUACCGGCCAUGCCGGAGUUUCCGAGCCUGCAAACGGUCAACAUGCACAAUCCGGGCGUCAACAGGCCGCUCGGUCUUGAGAAAUGGUAUAGGAACACGCUGCAGAAUUGUCACUAUGGCCAGACACACCCACCGCCGGACGACAGUGCGCUCGAUCUCCUGAAGAAGCUCUUGGAGUACGAUCCAUUGAAACGUCUUACAGCCGAGCAAGCUCUGAAGCAUCCCUACUUUACUGGCGAUGGCAAGCUCCCAUCCUGGAAUUGUUUCGAAGGGCUAGACACCAAGUAUCCUCCCCGGAAAGUGAGCACGGAAGCUCAUGAGAUUGGGACUGGUAGUCUGCCCGGCACCAAGAGGAGCGGCCUGCCCGAUGACUCUCUGCUACGCCCGCCACAGAAGAAAAUGAGAGACGGCUGA